GGUCAUAUGUUGGGAACAGAACUGGUCACCGGUCCAAGGAUGAAAAAUAAAGACGAAGAGCACCGCACAGAGGUGGCAAGUGAACCGUUGUUGCCAUUGACCAGUGAGAGGUCAGCGAAGAGGUGGCAGAAAAUGUUGAGGGACCCUUGGUACGCGGAAUUGUACGAUAUAAUGACAGAGGGUGAAGCGAAGUCUCCCCAGUUGAUCAUCGAAGAGUCAUCCGACAUUAUGGGAAAAACGAAAGUCGGGGACAUGACGAGAACGAGAGAAGAGCAGACUGACAUUAAUGAUGAGGACGACUUGUUCUCCAUGGAACCGUGUCAGCGGCGUCGAGAACCGUCCACCCAAGGCGUCCGAGAAGAGGUCGCGGGAAAACAGAUGUCAAAGGUGCACCGCAGGACAAAGAAGAGAAUCACGUACAAAAAUGACAAAAUGGUGGAGACGAUCGAUCUGAGAGGCUCGGACAAUAUGCACAGUGCGGCCCGAGAGGAAGCAGAAGAGGAACACGAUCAGUCCAUAUCAAAAAAGUUUGACGGGGAGGAGGACGAGGCAACAAGCGAAGAGGGAGGUGACAGUAAUACUUCUGACGGACAUUUACGCGACACUCACGAGGCUGAUGACGAGGACUGGAGGAGCAGCGAUGGCACAGCGCAGGACGAGGGCGGUGACGGGGCAGACGAAGACGAGAGGGAACCUGAACGUAGAGGCGAGGGGGGCGCAGCCGACGCACCCCCAAUCGACAGCCAAGUAGUGAGGCACGACAACACAGUUCAAAAAGGUAAACAAAAUGUGUUGUAAUUGCUCCCCUUGCAUAACGAUUACGUGGUAACGACGCAAAGUGAUGACAUUUCCUUAAUGCGAGGAUGUCGCUGUGAUGAACGAACAGUUGAAACGGGCUGUCGAAUUUCGCAGAUGGCACGAACCCGCAAAGAAAAGUGUGCGCGAGCAGGGGAGGACAGCAACAAGCCAAUCAAGAAAGCGGCGUAUU